AUGCAUGGAGAAAAUUUACAUAAGGGAACUUGGCUUCAAGAGGAAGAUGAACAAUUGAUUAGCUUUGUGACUCGUCUUGGGGAACGAAGGUGGGAUUCCCUUGCCAAAGUAGCUGGGCUAAGGAGAAGUGGUAAAAGCUGUCGGUUAAGGUGGUUGAACUAUCUUCGUCCAAAUCUCAAGCAUGGCCCGUUUAGUGUUGAAGAAGAGAAGCUUAUUGUUCAACUUCAGCUUCAAUGGGGCAACAAGUGGUCCAAGAUCGCGCGCAGGCUUCCAGGAAGAACAGACAAUGAAAUCAAGAACUAUUGGAGAACUCAUUUGCAGAAAGGAGUACAAGUUCAACAAAAAGAGGGAAACUUGUCUCCUUCCUUUAAUUCAUCAUCUUCUUCUUCCUCGUCUCUGACAUCAACUUCUUCUUGCUCGUUGACUGGUGGGUCUAUAACUUGUGACUGGACAAUCUGA